CCUUGCCGGGAGGAUGCAGACGCUGGGAAGAGCGAUGAGGAUGGAGGCCCGCGAGGCAGCGCCGCCGGCGGGGGCGGGCGGCUGGAGCAAGUGGGUGAGGCUCAACGUGGGGGGCACGGUGUUCCUGACCACCCGGCAAACGCUGUGCCGCGAGCAGAAGUCCUUCCUCAGCCGCCUGUGCCAGGGGGAAGAGCUGCAGUCUGACCGGGAUGAGACUGGGGCCUACCUCAUCGACCGUGACCCCACCUACUUCGGGCCCAUCCUCAACUUCCUCCGGCAUGGCAAGCUGGUGCUGGACAAGGACAUGGCUGAGGAGGGGGUCCUGGAGGAAGCGGAGUUCUACAACAUCGGCCCGCUGAUCCGCAUCAUCAAAGACCGGAUGGAGGAGAAGGAUUAUACCGUCACACAGGUCCCACCCAAGCAUGUGUACCGCGUGCUGCAGUGCCAGGAGGAGGAGCUCACGCAGAUGGUCUCCACCAUGUCCGACGGCUGGCGCUUCGAGCAGCUGGUGAACAUCGGCUCCUCCUACAACUACGGCAGCGAGGACCAGGCAGAGUUCCUGUGCGUGGUGUCCAAGGAGCUGUACAGCUCCCCGCACGGGCUGAGCUCUGAGUCCAGCCGCAAAACCAAGCCCAGUCAUCUCAGGAUCCCGCUAACCUUUUCUCCCUCUCACCACCGCCUCCUCCUCCUCCUCCGCUUCCCGCCGGAGGUCCUGCCUCAUCUUCAUCCACCUCUUCUUCCUCCUGGAUCUCAUCUACACCCUGCCUCUUCCCUCUCUGCCCCUGUCCGGGUUUUCUCUCUGCCUGCUCACACCUCCAUCCCGGGGCUGCUGUGGCCCCAGCCUCCUGUGCCCUCCACCCAGGUGCCCCGGCCCCGCAUCCCAGAGCAUCCUGCCUGCCGCCUCCUGCACCCCUUCUGGCACCUCCCGCCUCCGGGCCCGGGGAGGAGGGGCACAGCUGCACCUCCUUGGUGCCCGCCGACCCCGCCGGGCACAUCUGAGGCUGGGCCGCCCUGCUGCAGCGCCUCACCUCCUCGCCUCCUCCUCACGUUUCCUCCUUGCAGGUUCCUGUCUGCACCCCCUCAGACCUGAGGCUGCGCUUGCAGUGAGGGCUUCUCCCGGGCCCCUCGCCCGCCCCCAGCGCUGCCAUGCCUGGUUUGUAGCUUGGCAGAGCUGGAGGGAGGGGCGGAAGCCAAGAGGGUGCUCAGCUCUUGUUUUUUGGACUUGAGCCGGACUUCCGGCUGAUUUUCUCCCCUCCCCCAAGUUUCUCAGCCUAUCUUGGCCUUGGGGAUGCGGCUCUGAGAUGAGACAAAAGGGGGAGGAAAUUCUUUCCCACCUGCCCAUCAGCAUCAGAGCCACGCUGGGAAGGAGGGAAGGGAAACGGAAGCCAGGGGCCCUGACCUCAUCCCUGCACGCUCAGGAGCUUCAUGUGUCACAGCCUCGAGGCACUGGGUUCCCUAUUUCUGCGGGGGUGGGAAGGACAGGCCACACUUGGAUUCCCUUGGCCUAGGAGGAGUCAGCCGGAGCUGGCUGAGGAUUGGGCUGUGGCAGAAAAAGCCCUGGCCAGGUGCCCACAAGCCCCCACUCAGUCUUAUCUGCCUGCCGUCGACCUUGGGCUAUUCACUGUCCCUCUCUGGGCCACAGUUGCCUCUAAAAUGGGGACGGACGGCUGCUCUCUGUGACCUUCUGCCUGAGACAGUGCUGACCAGCCUCUGGGCCUUGACCCCCUGGCCAGAGUCUUGGCAGAACGUGGCCUCCUAGGCAGCCAGCCCCCGGCCCAAGAUGGGGCGUGGGGCUCCCGGAUGGGCGAGCUGGGUCCUCUCCCUGCUCCCCCUCCUCCUCAGCUCUGAAUCCACUUUUUCUGGGCCUCAGCCCCCCUCCUUCCUCCCAGAAAGGACCUCGUGACUCACCUGACUCUUUCUCUCUCCCUCUCUCCCCACCCCUCCCUCCCUCCAUUCCAAUCUCCUCUCUGCCCUUCUCCUGGCCCUGCACUACCCUCUCCUCACCGGCCUCACCCUCUCAUCCUCCUCCCGGUGUUCUGACCACCCCCCACCCCGUCUCCCUGCCCCCUCUUAUUUUCUAGCUGUUACAAGCCAGAGGCACCCGGAUGUGAGGCCCCACAUCGCCUCCAGGGACUUGGGGUUCCGUUCUGAAAUCCUUUAUUUUUGUACCACG